AUGUCGCGCAGUCCCACGUCCAGCGAGGACGAGAUGGCCCAGAGCUUCUCAGACUACUCAGCAGGCUCAGAGACGGACAGCUCCAAAGAGGAGACCAUCUAUGACACCAUCCGGGCCACGGCGGCCAAGCCGAGUGUGCCCAGGAUGGACGAGAGCCAGGGCAACACACUGGUACUCCGCAUUGUCAUUGAGGACCUGCAGCAGACGAAGUGCAUCCGCUUCAACCCGGACGCGACGGUGUGGGUGGCCAAGCAGAGGGUGCUGUGCACGCUUAACCAGAGCCUGAAGGACGUGCUCAACUACGGCCUCUUCCAGCCGGCCAGCAACGGGCGCGACGGCAAGUUCCUGGACGAGGAGCGGCUGCUCCGGGAGUACCCGCAGCCCGCGGGCAAGGGCGUGCCCUCGCUGGAGUUUCGCUACAAGAAGCGGGUGUACAAGCAUUCCCAUGUCGACGAGAAGCAGCUGGCCAAGCUGCACACGAAGGCCAAUCUGAAGAAGUGCAUGGACCAUAUUCAGCAUCGCUCAGUGGAGAAAAUCGUCAAGAUGCUGGAUCGAGGCCUGGACCCCAAUUUCCACGACCUGGAUACGGGAGAGACGCCCCUGACCCUGGCCGCCCAGCUGGAUGACUCCGUGGAGAUGAUCAAAGCACUUAAAAAUGGCGGUGCACAUCUGGACUUCCGCGCCAGAGACGGGAUGACGUCCCUGCACAAGGCCGCCCGGACCAGGAACCAGGUGGCCCUCAAGACCCUUCUAGAGCUCGGAGCAUCACCAGAUUACAAGGACAGUUACGGCUUGACCCCGCUGUACCACACGGCCAUCGUUGGGGGGGACCCCUACUGCUGUGAGCUCCUGCUCCACGAACACGCCUCCGUGUGCUGCCGGGACGAGAACGGAUGGCAUGAGAUCCACCAGGCCUGCCGAUACGGCCACGUCCAGCACCUGGAGCACCUGCUGUUCUACGGGGCGGACAUGGGGGCCCAGAACGCCUCGGGGAACACGGCACUGCACAUCUGUGCCCUCUACAACCAGGACAGCUGUGCGAGAGUGCUCCUGUUUAGAGGCGGAAACAAGGAACUGAAAAACUACAACAGCCAGACUCCGUUCCAGGUGGCGAUUAUCGCGGGCAAUUUUGAGCUGGCCGAGUACAUCAAGAACCACAAGGAGACCGACAUCGUGCCCUUCCGAGAGGCCCCGGCAUACUCCAACCGCAGACGGCGGCCCCCCAACACACUGGCUGCGCCCCGGGUGCUGCUGCGGUCCAACAGUGACAAUAACCUCAACGUCGGCCCGCAGGACUGGUCAGUGUGCUCCGCGGCCCCUGCCCACCGCAGCCUCUCGCCGCAGCUGCUGCAGCAGAUGCCCAGCACCCCCGAUGGCGCCGUGAAGACCCUCGGGGGCUACGCACCCGGUCCCCGCAGCCGGUCCCCCUCGCUCAACAGGCUGGGCGGUGCCGGCGAGGAUGGCAAGAAGCAGCAGCCGCACUGGCAUGUUGGGCCCACUUACCCUCCUGGUGCCAGCAAGGACCCGCUGUCCGCCUUCGAGCAGCCGGGGCCCAAGCGGAAGCUGUACAGCGCGGUGCCGGGCCGCCUCUUCGUGGUCGUCAAGCCAUACCAACCCCAGGUGGACGGCGAGAUCCCCCUGCACCGAGGCGACAGGGUCAAAGUUCUCAGCAUCGGUGAAGGCGGCUUCUGGGAAGGCAGUGCCCGUGGCCACAUCGGCUGGUUUCCGGCUGAAUGUGUGGAGGAAGUGCAAUGCAAACCCAAGGACGGCCAAGCAGAAACCCGUUCGGAUCGCAGCAAGAAACUCUUCAGGCAUUACACGGUUGGCUCGUACGACAGCUUUGAUGCAGCCAGUGACUGCAUUAUCGAGGAAAAGACCGUGGUGCUGCAGAAGAAAGACAAUGAGGGCUUCGGAUUCGUGCUCCGCGGGGCCAAAGCUGAUACACCCAUCGAAGAAUUCACACCGACACCAGCAUUCCCGGCCCUGCAGUAUCUGGAGUCGGUGGAUGAAGGUGGCGUGGCUUGGCAAGCCGGACUCAGGACUGGGGACUUCUUGAUUGAGGUCAACAAUGAGAAUGUCGUGAAGGUUGGCCACAGACAGGUGGUGAACAUGAUCCGCCAGGGGGGCAACCAUCUGGUCCUCAAGGUGGUCACGGUCACCCGGAACCUGGACCCAGACGACACAGCCAGGAAGAAAGCUCCCCCUCCGCCCAAGCGCGCUCCAACCACCGCGCUCACGCUACGCUCCAAGUCCAUGACCUCAGAGCUGGAGGAGCUCGUGGAUAAAGCCUCCGUCCGGAAGAAGAAGGAUAAGCCCGAGGAGAUCGUCCCGGCCUCCAAACUGUCACGGGCUGCCGAGAAUGUGGCCGUGGAGUCCCGGGUGGCCACCAUCAGACAGCGGCCCACCAGCCGGUGCUUCCCCUCCGUCUCCGAUCUCAAUUCCGUGUACGAGCGCCAGGGAGUCGCGGUGAUGACGCCCACCGUUCCCGGGAGCCCGAAGGUCCCAUUCCUGGGCGUUUCUCGAGGUACGAUGCGAAGGCAGAAGUCCAUAGACAGCAGAAUCUUUCUAUCAGGGAUAACCGAGGAGGAGAGGCAGUUCCUGGCCCCUCCCAUGCUCAAGUUCACCAGGAGCCUCUCCAUGCCCGACACCUCAGAAGACAUCCCCCCGCCGCCCCAGUCUGUGCCCCCUUCUCCGCCGCCACCCUCCCCCACCACAUACAACUGCCCCAAGUCCCCGACCCCCCGAGUCUAUGGGACCAUCAAGCCUGCCUUCAGCCAGAAUCCCGCCACCAAGGUCUCUGUGGCCGCCCGCGCCGACACGGUGACCGCCACCGCGCGGGAGAAGGGCGCCUACUACCGGCGGGAGCUGGACCGCUACUCCCUGGACUCAGAGGACAUGUACAACCGGGCCAUCGCCGCCCAGGCCAACUUCCGCGGCAAGCGGGGCCAAAUGCCCGAGAACCCCUACUCGGAGGUGGGCAGGAUCGCCAGCAAGGCCGUGUACGUGCCGGCCAAGCCCGCUCGGCGGAAGGGCAUGCUGGUGAAGCAGUCCAACGUGGAGGACAGCCCCGAGAAGACCUGCUCCAUCCCCAUCCCCACCAUCAUCGUCAAGGAGCCCUCGACCAGCAGCAGCGGUAAGAGCAGCCAGGGCAGCAGUGUGGAGACGGACCCGCAGACCACCGAGCCCGGCCAGCUGCGCCCCGACGACGGGCUCACCGCCAGCAGCCCCUUCGCCGCGGCCAUCGCCGGGGCCGUGCGCGACCGCGAGAAGCGGCUGGAGGCCCGGAGGAACUCGCCCGCCUUCCUCUCCACCGACCUGGGAGAUGAAGAUGUGGGGCUGGGCCCCCCUGCGCCCAGGACGCGGCCCUCCAAGUUCCCCGAGGAUGGCGAGUUCAGCGUGGAGGACGGGGCCGAGCCGCUGGCCUCGCCCACGCUGGCCACGGCGCCCAGGGAGCCCGAGAACCACUUUGGUGGCGGGAGCGAGGUCAGCGUGCAGGGCGAGCCCGGGAGACCGCUGAACCCCACCUCCAAAGUCAAGGGCCCCGAGGCCAGCCCUGAGAAUUAUGUCCAUCCACUCACAGGCAGGCUGCUGGACCCCAGCUCCCCUCUGGCGCUGGCGCUGUCGGCCAGGGACCGGGCCAUGAAGGAGUCGCAGCAGGGGCCCAAGGGGGAGGCCCCCAAGGCCGACCUCAACAAGCCCCUGUACAUCGACACCAAGAUGCGCUCCAGCGUGGAGCCGGCCUUCCCGCCCGCGGCCCGUCCCAGCGCCCGCGGCCCGCUGCGGCGCCAGGAGACAGAGCACAAGUACGAGGCGGAGCUGGGCCGGGAGCUCAAGGCUGAUGACAAGAACAUGCUCAUCACCAUCGUGGACACGUCCCAGCAGCGCUCGGCUGGGCUGCUCAUGGUCCACACCGUGGACGCCGCCAAGCCAGACGGCUCCCUGGAGGAAGAGGACCGGGCCACGCAGGGGCAGCCGCUGUCCACCCGCCCACCGGAGGGGCCCGAGGGAGGCUCAGAAUCCGAAGGUGCUUUGCAGCGCUCCGCUGCCCCCGAGCCAGCCGCCACGCCCAGCAGAGCCAUGGUGGCAGCCGGCUCCGUGGAGGAAGCGGUGGUCCUACCAUUCCGCAUCCCGCCCCCGCCUCUGGCCUCCGUGGACUUGGACGAAGACUUUCUUUUCACAGAGCCAUUGCCACCCCCCCUGGAGUUUGCUAAUAGUUUUGAUAUCCCCGAUGACCGCUCUGUCCCCGCCCUGGCCCCCGCCGAGCAGGCCAAGCAGAAGAGACCCGACGCGCCCCAGGCCCCCUCCUUGAACUCCGGCCAGCCGGCCAGCUCGGUGGCCACCAAGAAGCCAGCUGGUCUGUCAAACUGCCUGCCUGCCUCCUUCCUGCCUCCCCCCGAGAGCUUCGACGCCGUGACGGACUCGGGCAUCGAGGAGGUGGACAGCCGGAGCAGCAGCGACCACCACCUCGAGACGACCAGCACCAUGUCGACCGUGUCCAGCAUCUCCACGCUGUCAUCAGAGGGCGGCGAGAAUGCGGACACCUGCACGGUCUACGCGGACGGACAGGCGUUCGUGGUCGACAAGCCCCCAGUCCCUCCGAAGCCAAAAAUGAAGGGCGUCAUCCACAAAAGCAAUGCGCAUGCGCUUUAUCAGGACGCACUGCUGGAGGAGGACGGCGAUGGUUUCGGGGUCCCCCCGCCCGCCCCACCCCCACCCCCCGGCGGGGUCCAGGCCGGCACAGCCAAGAUCAUUCAGCCACGGACCUCCAAACUGUGGGGCGACGUCACGGAGGUCAAGAGCCCGAUUCUCUCGGGCCCCAAGGCGAACGUCAUUAGCGAGUUGAACUCCAUCCUGCAGCAAAUGAACCGAGAGAAAUCGGCUAAGCCGGGGGAAGGUGUGGACGCGCCGGCCGGAGGCAAGGCCACCAGCCUCACUGCCAGAGGCCCGGACGUCAUGAGCGCUGUCUCAGGUACACGGAGCACCACGGUCACCUUCACUGUCCGUCCCGGCACCUCCCAGCCCAUCACCCUGCAGAGUCGGCCCCCCGACUAUGACAGUAGGACCUCAGGAACAAGGCACGCCCCAAGCCCUGUGGUCUCCCCAACAGAGAUGAGCAAAGAGAUCCUGGCUGCUCCGCUGGCCACCGCCGCGUCCCCCUCCCCGACCCUCUCGGACGUCUUUAACCUUCCGAGCCAGCCCCCUUCCGGGGACCUGUUUGGCUUGAACCCCGCAGGACGCAGCAGGUCGCCGUCCCCCUCGAUACUGCAACAGCCAAUCUCAAAUAAGCCUUUUACAACUAAACCGGUCCACCUGUGGACUAAACCCGACGUGGCGGACUGGCUGGAGAGUCUGAACCUGGGUGAGCAUAAAGAGGCCUUCAUGGACAAUGAGAUUGAUGGCAGCCACCUCCCAAACCUGCAGAAGGAAGACCUCAUAGACCUCGGGGUGACUCGAGUCGGACACCGGAUGAACAUCGAAAGGGCUUUGAAACAGCUGCUGGACAGAUAA